GAGAGAUACCGUUGAAUCCUACACAGAAAACUGCAAAGUUCGUAGUUGCGAUCUUGCCAAUCACUUCACGGGCAUCCCAUUGUCUUCGGGAUUCAGCAGGGGAGUCGUUCGUCGGUGGAGAUGUUGUUGGACGCUCCAGGUCUGCGUCGUCCUGUUGUUGGUGAUCCAUUGCUUUCCAGCUUGCGGGCCUGCGAGAGAUCCAGUGUUGAAGUCCAGUAACGAUGGCAUUUUCUAAUAUCUGUCUGUGAGUUAACUACUACCUAAGUACUAGUAGGAAUACCUGUAUGGAGAGAAUAACAGCAUCUUAUUUGUUGGCAUCCGCUUUCGGAGCAACCCGUUUUCGUUCCUGGAUGCCACAACUUCUAUCUUUAUUAUAUCGACAACUUUCUCUCUCUCACAAUGACCAUUCAACGACCCUCUCCAUCCUCUCCAUCCUCUCCAUCCUCUCCAUCCUCUCCAUCCUCUCCAUCCUCUCCAUCCUCUCCAUCCUCUCCAUCCUCUCCAUCCUCUCCAUCCUCUCCAUCCUCUCCGGCAUCGGAUGGCCUCCAGACACUGUUUUCCCCAGUUUUCCAAAACUUCAACGUCUGCCACGCUCCAUCCAAGGGAUUUCUGUUACGUCUCGCGGUUCUCAUUCGUGCUGGCACACUAAGUUGACUCCAUCCGCCCACUUGGAACCAUACGAUCUGGACUCCGGUGGCGCUCGACCAGAGAACUUUCUUGAAUUCUGCAGACUCUAUAGCAUCCUAACUAAUAGACUUUUGUUCGUGGCGUUGAUCUUCCUUCCUUGAGGUUUUAAAACUUCUUCUCUCCAUCUUCUCCUCCUCCUCUUCCUCCUUCUUGUUCGUGGACUUGGUUCUCGAUCUUUUUU